GUGAACUAAUUCUAAUGAGACAGCCAAAAUCUUUAUUACAGGCGACUGCUUUUAGUUUUCCACUUAAUGUCGACUGCAAUGGUGAAAAGAAAACACAAAGAUCCUAUCAGCAGCCAAAAGUCUUUAUUGAAUGACGCCUGGCCCUACACAGACGAACGCGUUCUAAUUGAGCCUUUAUUACAGCUCCUCCUUUUUUUCCGGAACUGUCAACACCAGAAUUUAUGGUCUUUGUCAUGGAACCAGCAAACUUGUUUUCUAUCUCCACAGGUUCGUUGCAAAAUAAUUUGUUUAUUCAUACAAAUAGGUACCCACCUCUGCCUUUUUCAACAUACUGGACAAAGAGAAAAGGCUCCCUCGGUAAUUUAAUUGGACGGCCAUAAACAAAUCCUCAAGGCUGGCUGACCGUCCAGUGAACAAAAUAAACAGAAAGACAAAACACACCAGUGAAAUUUGCCUGGAAAAUUAUAAUAUAUGCCACUAAAAGGCGUUUUCAAUUUUUAACAAGUGGACGAAUUAUGUACAAGAUCUUACUGAAUAAAUCCAUUCCCAUUUCUCAUAUUUAAAUUUUGCUUUAAUUUGGCAUCUCGGGAGAAUUACUUCGUUUGGCUUGAUGGAUUUGUAUUGAAGGAACUUAUCAAAAGUACAGAGAGGAUGCCGUGCGCCCGAAUUUUGAGCCGUGUCAGAUUCGAACUCUCGACGUCAAAGAAGGGUUUGCAAAGUUUUAAUUGUCAUGGCGCUUUUACAGCUGUUUUAGUGACCAGAAUGUUUUGUAAGACAUUCUUCAGGUUUCGAGGCUAUCAAUGGAAGGCGGAGCAUCCUUUUCUAUUGUCUGAUACACAGGAAUGCUCGGAUUGAUAGAUUUUGAAGCUCUAAUUCCAUCUUUAUUUGUUUACGGAGCUAAAUAUCUUUCUCUGUUUCCCAUUACGAUAUCAAACCUGGAAGAUAUUUCUACGGUUUUAGAAGGUUGCAGAAGAGCUCCUACGAAAGAUGGCGCGCUGAACAGGGAAAUUCAAGAUGUGCCAUUUGCCCAAUUGCCAGUGUCAUGUAGUUGUUCUCCUAUUGGUAGUCUUUGUCUUGAUACCAUGUAAUGGCUCAACUGCUGGCAAAAAUCGAAGCUCGUUUGGAAAUUCGAGGCCACUUGUCGCAAAUGUUGGUGCUCUUUUCGCAUUUGAUUCUACAAUUGGAAGAGUGGCUAAGGCAGCCAUGGAAUUGGCAGUGAAGGAUGUGAACAACAAUCACAGUCUGCUUAGUGGGACAAAGCUGGAGCUUAGUAUGGUGGAUUCUAAUUGCAGUGCUUUCAUAGGCACAGCAGCAGCUUUGGAAUUGUUGAAGAAAGAUGUUGUGGCAAUAAUAGGUCCACAGUCAUCUGUGCUUGCUCACAUUGUUUCACAUUUGGCAAAGGAACUCCAAAUACCACUUUUGUCCUUUGCAGCUACUGAUCCCACUCUUACAUCGUCUGAGUACCCAUAUUUUAUCAGGAUGACUCACAGUGAUUUUUCUCAGAUGUCUGCAAUUGCUGCUUUAGUGGGUUAUUAUGGCUGGAGAGAAGUUGUAGCAGUGUACAUAGAUGAUGACUAUGGCAGAAAUGGAGUUUCUGUAUUAGGAGACGCUCUGGGAAAUUUGGGAGCUAAAAUUUCUAACAAGGCAGCCAUGCCUCCUGAAAUCAGCCAAAGUGAGAUGGGUAAUAUAUUAGCAAAAUUGGCUUUAGUAGAGGCCCGGGUUUUUGUAGUCCAUAUGAAUUCAGAUGCUGGUCUUAAUCUUUUCUCUAAAGCUAAAGAAAUUGGAAUGUUGAGCAGUGACUAUGUUUGGAUAGUCACAGAUUGGCUAUCCUCUGUUUUAGAUUCAAAUAUACUUGCACCAGAUGACAUGAACUCACUUCAAGGGGUGAUUGGUCUGCGGCGACAUAAUCCAAAUUCAGAACAACACAAUGAGUUUACAAGAAAGUGGAAAAGGUUACAAACAACUCACAUAGCGGAUACCUCUUUGAAUGUGUUUGGACUGUAUGCUUAUGAUAGCAUAUUGAUGAUUGCUCACUCUAUCAACACCUUCCUAAAUCAGGGAGGAAAUUACUCUUUUGUAAAACAGAAUACAGUAUCAAAUAAGAGUGGAAGUAAGUCAGAACUAGCUGCUUUGAAGGUCUUCAAAGAAGGAGCACAGUUGCGGAAGAUAAUACUAGGAACUAAUUUCAAUGGUGUUGCAGGUCCCGUGCAACUAGAUAAAAGUAGGAAUCUGAUAGGCUCCACUUUUGAGAUUAUUAAUAUAGCUGGUACGGGAUUUCGCAGCAUUGGUUAUUGGUCAAAUCACACUGGCUUCUCAGUUACCCCACCAGAAUAUUUAGCUACCGUCAACCAUAACCAAUCUCAUGCCAAACCAAAACUAUAUGAUAUCAUAUGGCCUGGUGAAAGCAAAGUUGUGCCACGGGGCUGGGUAUUUCCAAACAAUGGCAAGGAACUUGUGAUUGGUGUCCCCAGAAAAAUAGGUUUUAAAGAGUUUGUUUCAACAGUAAAUGAUAGCCACACGCCAAAAGGAUUUUGCAUUGAUGUGUUUCUUGCUGCAGUGAACUUGCUUUCUUAUGCUCUUCCGUACACAUUUAUAUCUUAUGGAACAGGAAAUUCUACACCCAGCUAUGACAAGCUCGUGGAGCAGGUUGCAUUAAAGCUAUUCAUAGCUGGACCCUUGCAGAACUUUGAUGCAGCUGUUGGAGAUAUUUCAAUUGUGACAAAACGAUCGAAGAUUGUGGACUUCACACAGCCUUAUAUAGAAUCUGGCUUAGUUGUGGUGGUAGCUGCGAAAGGUAUUGAUUCCAAUGCAUGGGCUUUCCUGCGUCCAUUUACAGUAGAAAUGUGGUGUACAACUGUUGCUUUUUUUGUUAUUAUUGGAGCUGUUGUGUGGAUUCUGGAGCAUAGAUUAAACCCAGAGUUUCGAGGGCAUCCGAAGCAGCAAGUCAUGAAUGUUCUUUGGUUCACAUUUUCUACGAUGUUCUUUUCCCAUAGGGAAAAUACCGUGAGCAGCCUUGGACGUGCAGUACUGCUCAUUUGGCUAUUUGUUGUUUUAAUCAUUAAUUCAAGUUACACUGCAAGCUUAACAUCAAUCCUCACAGUGCAGAAGCUUUCACCAACAAUUCAAGGAAUUGAGAGCUUGGCAUCAAGCAAUUUACCAAUAGGAUAUCAAACAGGAUCCUUUGUUGCAGAUUAUCUAUCAGGAGAGUAUAAUAUAGCAAAAUCCAGAUUAGUGCCUUUAAAUACUCAGGAUAAUUAUGCUAAAGCAUUGUCUCUUGGGCCAAACAAAGGCGGUGUGGCUGCAGUUGUAGAUGAACUUCCUUAUAUUCAAUCAUUUCUAUCCACACAUUGUGGAUAUACAAUUGUGGGCCGUGAAUUUACAAAAAGCGGAUGGGGAUUUGCUUUUCCAAAGGAUUCUCAUCUUGCAGUUGACAUGUCCACAGCAAUCCUGGCCCUUUCUGAAAAUGGUGAACUUCAGAGGAUUCAUGAUAAAUGGUUGAAAAAUGAUAUAUGCAGUCUAGAGGGAAGUGCAGUCCAUGCAAAUCAGUUUGGCCUACAAAGUUUCUGGGGCCUUUUCCUAGUAAUGGGAAUUGUGUGUCUUUUAGCACUGUUUGUAUUUUUUGUUCGCAUGAUUUGCGAAUUCACUCGUCAUGUCAAUACAUGUAUUGAGGAUUCUCCUGAUGUGUCAAAUUCCUUGAGCCUAAGAAGUGCAAAGGUUCUAAGAUCAUUUGCCUCUUUUGUUGAUGAGAGGGAGGAUACUGCCAAAAAAAAUAGGCUGAAAAGAAAGCACACAGACAAGAAAAUGGAUCCAGAAUUGGAAUCGAGGCAGCCUCAGAGCUCUCCAAGCCAAUUGGCAUCCCUUGGUAUGGGCUUCUCUAUUGAUUGUUCCAAUGGUAUUUCCCCUGUUUAGUUUGAUAAUAGCAAAACAACUAUCUUGGUGCUGAAGUUUUGUCAAUGCAAUGGUAGCUCACAGUUAUUGGAAGGAAGCAGAUUGUCAUGGAAAUGUGUUGUGUACUUUUUGUGUUCUAUAGUUGAAUGGGGGAACAGUGAUGGGAAAAUUGUUGAGGGGAAGGGGGGAAGUGGGCAGGGAUGGGGUGGGGUGCUUUAUUAGGUUUGCUAUUUUUGCACAUGGUUUUAAAGGAUUCAUGUAAAUUGUAAAACUUCUUUUUGAAGUGCCAUUUAAUAUUUCCACAUGAGCAAGAGUUGAAAAAGAGUUUUAUUAUUGUAUUGUGUUGAUUUUUUUGCAAUAAUAAACAGGGUUACUAUGCUAGGUUUUUUCA